GAAGUGAGUAAAGUCCAUCUAUAGCCCUCCUACUUAAUAUUGUUUUGAAAGAACUAUUUGAAGAUUCACAUUCACCCAUUCUAAGGUUGACGAGUAGUGAGCUGUCAUCAUGUCACUAAUGAUACUGCCAUUCAUUGGAGCUGUGUCCAUCUCAGAGGGUCUUCUGGCCAUAGCAACUGUCUGCUUGGUCUUUCUGAUCCUACAGUAUCUUCAAAAUGACAUUCCUGAGGGGCUCCAGCGUUUGCCUGGUCCCAAACCACUACCAAUAAUUGGUAACGUGAUAGAACUGGGCAGCAAACCUUACCUUAGCCUCACUGAAAUGAGUAAGCGCUUUGGAGAUGUCUUUCAGAUCCAGAUUGGCAUGCGCCCUGUUGUUGUGUUGAGUGGCAGCGAGACUGUUCGUCAGGCACUUAUCAAACAAGGGGAUGAUUUUGCUGGAAGACCUGAUCUAUAUAGUUUCCGUUUCAUCAGUGAAGGGAAGAGUUUGGCCUUUAGCACGGACCAAGCUGGUGUGUGGCGAGCUCGCAGAAAGCUGGCCUACAGUGCCCUGCGCUCCUUCUCCACCCUGGAGGGCACAACUCCAGAGUACUCAUGCAUGUUGGAGGAGCAUAUCUGCAAAGAGGCACACUACCUAAUCAAGAAAAUCCACUCUGUCAUGAAGACAGAUGGAAGUUUUGAUCCUUUUCGCCACAUUGUGGUCUCUGUAGCCAACGUUAUCUGUGGAAUGUGCUUUGGCCGGCGCUAUGACCAUGAUGACCAGGAACUGCUCAGUUUGGUGAAUCUCAGUGAUGAAUUUGGCCAAGUUGUUGGCAGUGGUAAUCCUGCAGACUUCAUCCCUAUCCUUCAGUAUAUCCCAAGUGCAACAAUGAAGAAGUUUGUGAGCAUCAAUGACAGAUUUGUAAAUUUUAUUCAAAAAAUUGUCAACGAACACUAUGCUACCUAUGAUAAGGACAACAUUCGAGACAUCACAGACUCCCUCAUUGACCACUGUGAGGACCGGAAGUUAGAUGAGAACUCAAACAUUCAGAUGUCUGAUGACAAGAUAGUCUCCAUUGUCAAUGAUCUCUUUGGAGCUGGUUUUGAUACAGUCUCCACUUGUGUGUCCUGGUCUGUGAUGUACAUGGUUGCUUAUCCAGAAGUACAAGACAAACUUCAUAGAGAAAUACAGGAUGCAGUGGGACAGGACAGAUUUCCACGCUUGUCAGAUAAAGCCAACCUACCCUAUGUUGAAGCUUUCAUUCUGGAGGUGUUGCGCCACUCAUCGUUCCUUCCCUUCACAAUCCCACACUGCACCACUAAGAACACAUCUCUUAAUGGAUACUUCAUUCCCAAAGACACAUGUGUCUUUAUCAACCAGUGGCAGAUUAACCAUGAUGCUGAUCUGUGGAAAGAUCCCUCUACAUUUAACCCAGAGCGUUUCCUGAACAGUGAAGGCACAGAAGUCAACAAGGUGGAGGGGGAGAAAGUGGUGGCUUUUGGUCUGGGCAGAAGGCGUUGCAUUGGAGAGGUCAUAGCCAGAAAUGAAGUUUUCCUCUUCCUGGCAAUCCUCAUCCAGAGGUUUCGUUUCCAUAAGGUGGAUCCUGAUCAGAUACUGGACAUGACCCCAGAAUAUGGGCUGACAAUGAAACAUAAGCGCUGCCACCUUCGAGCUGCAUUACGAGCAGAAGAGUAACACCUCUCUUUUUCAAUGCAUUUUACAUGUGCAUGUAUGUACCUAACAGCAGUUGGGCAACAGCCAGAUUCAGACAGAGGUAACAGAAUAAACUUUGUUAGAAUGUCAGACACCAGGUACCACAUGCAAUGUAGGUUUUAGAUUUGUAAGUUUGGUUUGUGUAAACUUAGGUUGUGUAUCUAGGCAGCAUGUGGAUGCUAGAACUCAACACAUGUCUGUAUGAUCAUUACUUCUCUAACCGAGGUCUCUGUUUACUCUUCAGCUGAAAAACUACAUCAGCAAUUUUGUAAUUUGUUUGUUACUGCACAGACACAGCUUGUUGAGCUACUUAUAUUGGUCAAGGAAAGGAAGAAGUAAUUUCAGUUUAUAUAUACAAUGUAUACACAAGAUAAAUAUACACUGAAGCUAUAUUUGUAUCCCAAAAUGUGAUUGUGUCAUGGUUUAGUUGUUUUUUUAAAGUAAUUAUUUCUUUAAAUCUUUGUAUAUUUUUGAGCUAUAGCCUAUAUUGUACAAGAUGUGUGUAUAAAAAUACAGAAAGAAAUGUAAUGCAAUUAUUUUGUAUCUUUAUUAAAAAGAAAUAAAUUUAUAAAUUUA